AUGGCUGACGUGGUAGUCCAAUUACGGUGUGGUGUCAAGAAUGACGACUGGGGAAAGAAAGGAAAACAGUCGAUCGUGGCUCAACUAUGGUCUAAAACGCCCGGAUGUGAUGCAAUCGAUGAGUCCAAGCACUACUCUGAGAUGUGGAUGGGCACUUAUCCAUCGAAUCCAUCCUACUUAUUGUCCUCGGGAGAACAUCUGGGGUGUUACCUGAAAAAUAACCCGCAACUGGUGGGCAAGUCCGUACUGGACCGAUUUGGACCUGAGAUCCCAUUCUUGCCCAAGAUCCUCUCCUUCUCCAAAGCACUUCCCCUUCAGAUCCACCCAGACCUAAAGCUCGCCGCGAAAUUGCACAAGCAAGACCCAAAGAAAUACGGCGACACCAACCACAAGCCCGAGAUUGCAGUAGCCCUCUCCAAAUUCGAGCUCUUCGCCGGCUGGAAACCACUCAAAGAUAUCCAGGCCCUCUUCAAACUAAAGCCCCUAGAAUCAUUCAUGCCCGAUAAAUCAACCACCUUCGACGACGAGACUCUACGAAAAGUAUGCAUGUCUCUACUCAGCGCCCCUCCCACCGAAGUCUCCACCACAAUCAAAGAACUCCAAAGCCUCCCAGAGUCCCAAUUCGGCACAGAGCCCUAUAUACCAGGUCUACUGGACCGUCUGAACAAACAAUACACCGACACGGACAAUGGCAACCUCGUCGCUGCCCUGUUAAUGAACUACAUCACCCUGGGCCCGGGCGACUCCGUCUUCGUGCCCGCGGAUAGUAUCCACGCCUACUUGGAAGGCGACAUUGUCGAAUGCAUGGCCCGAUCAGACAACGUCAUCAACACGGGUUUUUGUCCCGUCGCCAUGCGCGACUCUGUCGAGCUAUUCGGUCAAGCGCUAACGUUUGUCCCGCAUGAUGUCCAGGGGGCGCUGUUACCCCGGCGCAAGAGUGAUAAGGGGAUGCAGGGCCGGACGGAUGUGUAUGCGCCGCCGAUUAGUGAGUUUUCGGUGCUUGUGACGACGCUUGGGGCUGGGGAGACGGAGACGCAUAAGGCGAUUUUGGGUCCGAGUUUGUUGAUCGUUACUAAGGGGUGUGGGGAGAUGAAGGUUCCUGGGGAUAGGACGGUGGAGUUGAAGGAGGGGUUUGUUUUCUUUGUUGGGCAGGGGGUUGCGUUGGAUUUUGGGACGGAGAAGGGGUUGGCGGUUUACCGCGCGUAUGCGGAGUAG